UCAGUGCUUGGAAUUCCUCAUCUGUACUUGCCGUAGUUCUCUUCACAGGCUGUGUGCUUCCUCGUCGGAUACGGGGCUCUGUGAGAUUAGGGUUGAAACUCCUCACCAGAGAGUGUUGUGAAGGCCAAGACAAAAAUUGGGUUCAGAAAAGAACUAGGCAAAUCCAUGGAGGGUCGGUCCAUCAAUGGCUUUUAGGACAAGCAGGCAUAGUGUCUCUAGCCCCUUCAGCUUUUCAGGCUGCUUAGCCUCUCCCCCGGCGCAUAGGACUGAGGGAAACACUACAGAAGGGGGAGUCUCUCUGCUCUGCUUGGGCAGGGUUUCCUUCCUCUGGUCCUCUACAGAACAGUAAAACUCCUCCAAACUCUACUCAGCUCUCCUUCCCUCACCCCUGCUUCAGUCAGAAAGGGAAUUUUCUUAGGUCUUUGUUGGGGCCUUAAUUGGGUCUAGGUUCUCCAAUUAACCUGUAGUAACCUUUCCCUAGUCCACAUGGAAUAAAGCCUUGAUCAUCCUAGGGCUUUUAUAUCUCCCAUCUACAACCCUCUUUCUGCUCUCUGGCCCUGCUGUAUCACAGCACCCAGUGUCACUCUUGCUUCAUGAGCGAAAUUUUUUGUGAUAACCCUGCGUGGCCACAGAGUGUCGCUGUUGCUCUGUGAGGGAAAUGCUCUGUGCAUUACCCUGCGUGGCCACAGGGUGUCACUGUUACUCUGUGAGAGAGAUGAUCUGUGCAUACCCUGCCUGGCCGCACGGUGUCACUGUUACUCUGUGAGAGAUGCUCUGUGCAUUACGCUGCGUGGCCACAUGGUGUCACUUGCUCUGUGAGAGAGGUGAUCUCUGCAAACUCUGCGUAGCCACACGGUGUCACUGUUGCUCUGUGAGAGAGAGGCUCUGUGCAUUUCCCCGCGUGGCCACACGGAGUAACACUUGCUCUGUGCAGGAACUCCUUAGUGCAUUACCCUGCGUGGCCAAACGGUGUCACUGUAGCUCCAUGCAGGAAAUGCUCUGUGCAUUACGCUGCAUGGCCACACGGUGUCAGUGUUGCUCUGUGAGAGACAUGCUCUGUGCAUUUCCCCGCGUGGCCACACGGUGUCACUGUUGCUCCAUGCUGGAAAGGCUCUGUGCAUUACCCGGCAUGGCCACACCGUUUCACUGUUGCUCCAUGCAGGAAAUCCUCAGUGCAUUAUCCUGCCUGGCCACACGGUGUCUCUGUUGCUCUCUGAUGGAAGUGCUCUGUGCAUUACCGCACGUGCCCACACGGAGUCACUGUUACUCCAUGCAGGAUAGCCUGAGUGCAUUACCCUCGGUAGCCACACGGUGUCAAUAUAGCUCCAUGCAGGAAAUGCUCUGUGCAUUACCCUGUGUGGUCACACAGUGUCACUGUUGCUCUGUGAGGGAAAUAGUCUAUGCAUUACCCUGCGUGGCAACACAGUGUUACUGUUCCUCCAUGAAGGAUAUCCUGAGUGCAUUACCCUCCGUGGCCACACGGUGUCACUGUAGCUUUAUGCAGGAAAUGCUCUGUCCAUUACCCUGCGUGGCCACACGGUGUCACUCUUGCACUGUGAGGGAAAUGGUCUGUGCAUAUACUCGUGUGGUCACAUGGUUUCCCUUUUACUCCAUGCAGGAAAUCUUUAGUUCAUUACUCUGCGUGACCACAUGGUGUCACUGUAGCUCUACGAGAGACAUAGUCUGCGCAUUACCCCGCAUGACCACACUGUGUAACUCAUGGUCCAAGCAGGAAAUGCUCUGUGCAUUGCCCUGCGUGGCCACACUGUGUCACUGUUGUUCUGUGAGAGAGAUGCUCUGUGGAUUACUCUGUGUGGCCACACAGUGUCACUGUUGCUCCAUGCAGGAAAUCUUUAAUGCAUUACCUGGCGUGGCCACACGGUAUCACUGUUGCUCCAUGCAGGAAAUGCUCUGUGCAUUACGCUGCGUGGCCACAUGGUGUCACUUGCUCUGUGAGAGAGGUGAUCUCUGCAAACUCUGCGUAGCCACACGGUGUCACUGUUGAUCUGUGAGAGAGAGGCUCUGUGCAUUUCCCCGCGUGGCCACACGGAGUAACACUUGCUCUGUGCAGGAACUCCUUAGUGCAUUACCCUGCGUGGCCAAACGGUGUCACUGUAGCUCCAUGCAGGAAAUGCUCUGUGCAUUACGCUGCAUGGCCACACGGUGUCAGUGUUGCUCUGUGAGAGACACGCUCUGUGCAUUUCCCCGUGUGGCCACACGGUGUCACUGUUGCUCCAUGCUGGAAGUCCUUAGAGCGUUACUCUGCGUGGUCAAAAGGUGUCACUGUUGCUCUAUGAGGGAAAUGCUCUGUGAAUUACCCCGUGUGACCACACGGUGUCAGUCUUGCAGUGUAAGAGAGAUGAUCUGUGCAUUACCCUGCGUGGCCACACAGUGUCACUGUUGCUCCAUGCAGGA